UGGACAUUAUUAUUUCUAUGGGCGACACACACAUUAUAUUCUUACAACCUCAAGCAUCUUAAUUUAAUUUGAUACACACACAUAUAUAUAUAUAGUUAGUUUGCUACUACAGUAGUGGUGAAAUGGAACCAGGUGCAGCUAUGGGCAUUAUUCCCCAUAUGAAGCCGGCUUUGUACAGAGCGGCAGCGGCAGGUACACUUGAAGAUUAUCAUGCGGCCCUCCGACAGAUGAGGACGGAAGGAGCUGAGGACUGUCAAGUUAUGCCAAAUGGAAAUACUGUGUUGCACGUUGCCGUGCUCCAGGGCAACAAGCAUUUUGUGGAGAAAAUCCUACGAGAACAAAAGACUCAUGCUGCUGCCUCGUCGUCGUCUAUGUUAUAUGCUCGGAACAACAAAAAUGAAACUGUGCUACAUUGUGCAGCGGAGAAAGGCCACGCUGACAUAGUUUCUGCCCUCAUUAAAGCCGUCAACGAUGAGGAGCUUGAAUCUGGUGUUGGAGUGAAAGAGAUGAUACAGAUGACGGAUGAUGUGAAGGACAUGGCUUUGCACAAGGCAGCGCGAAUGGGGCAUUCGGGCGUGGUCAAGUUAUUGAUUCAAGAGGGCAAUGGAUUUCCGUAUCCUACUAAUUGCAAUAAUGAUGUGGGUGAGACGCCCAUUUACUUGGCUGCAGAAUCACAUUUUUUUUAUUGUUUGAAGGAGAUACUGGAGACAUGCCAAAAUCUUACUUAUGUUGGACCACUUGGUCGAAAUGCUCUUCACGCCGCAAUAUUAUCACCAUCAGGUAGCGGAUGGGAAAUUCUAAUGCAGAUUUUCCUAAGUCAUGUGGGCCAUCCGGCUUUACCAAGAAUACCAGGUAGCUCCGCACUGUCAUUGUGGGAAAAACUGAUGCAAAAUUUUGGACGUCAUGUGGGCAAAGCAGGAUGCAUACAACUACUACUGGAAAAGGAGAUUUCUUUGUGUGAGAUGAUUGACAACUUGGGUUGGACACCACUACACUAUGCUGUAAAACUUCGUGAUGAUGAAACUGUUCGAAUGAUCCUCGAGAAAAAAAGUUCAGCCGCGUACAUUCGGGCAGGCAAAGAAAAUGAUUGGACGACAAUAUUUCACAUAGCAGCAAGGCAUGGUAAUAUUAAAACGAUGAAAUGCAUAUCAAAUAGCUUACCAGAUUGUUGGGCGAUGAUUAACUGCAAAUUACAAAAUGUCCUUCACGAAGCGAUAAUGAGUCGUAGAAUGGAUAUGAUAAAAUAUAUAAUGAAGGAUCCCCAAAUCGACAAUCUUGUUGAUCAGAAAGACAAUGAUGGCAACACACCGCUGCACCUGUUUGCCAUUAUUUAUAGUUGGAACAUUUAUUAUUAUAACUAUUUAUCAGCGAGGCUUAAGCGGAAGCAUUUGGUCUUCAAUAAACGGCAUCAAACUCCGCUUGACGUGCGCCACAUGGCCUCCCAACGGAAAGUCUAUUCAACUUUUAAGCAUGUCUCGGGCGGAAUACCUCAGCGGAGUGGUAGGAGAAGUGGACCUCGUGCUGACCUCUUACAAAAUCAGGAAACAAGCACGAAACAUACUGAUGAUAACAAUAUAGACAAGGAAAUCAAUUGUUCUCUACGAAUAAGUAAAACAAUGACCAUUGUCGCUACAUUGAUAUUAACCAUAAGCUUUGCAGCUGGUUUUACAGUCCCUGGUGGAUACGACUCAGAACAAGGGUACCCAAUACUGUUACGAAAUGCGGCUUUUGGGUUUUUUGUUACGGCUGAUACUGCUGCUUUCAUAAGUUCUGUUUCGGCAAUAUUCAUUUACAUGAUCAUGGCGGUAUUAAGCUUGUGGGAUUCUAUUAGGGAGGACUCAAUUCUCAUGACGCUUUGCGUAAUGAACAUUGCCAUGACUUUUGGUGCCUUAAUUGCAGUCGUAGCUGCAUUCCUCAGUGGACUAUACGCCAUUUUAGCACCUUUCAGUUUUCUAGCCGUUGGGACCAUAUUCAUGAGCAUCUUUAUUUUCCUUUUAGUUGUUUUUUCGUAUUUCAAUACCAAAAAUCCUGUCUUCCCCUCUUUAAUUUUAUAUCCAAUAUUUUUCUUCCUGUCUGCCCUUUCACUUAAUUGAUUAUUGUACCUCUUCACUAAUUAAAAAUAUACUUUAGUUACCGAUUGAAGGAGAAAAAUAUUAGCAUUACUCUUCCA